CAAAGCUAAGGCAGAAAAAAAUCAAGCGAUGGAACACUCAAUGAGUGAAAACUCCUGUCAGUUAUGUGCUGUUGAGAAGCUCACUUUUGAACCGCCACCUAUUUAUUGUACUCCAUGUGGUGCUCGAAUAAAACGAAAUGCGAUGUAUUACACUGUUGGAGCUGGUGAUACACGUCACUCUUUCUGUAUUCCAUGUUAUAACGAAGCGCGUAGUGAUACAAUUGCUAUUGACGGAACUGCAAUUCCCAAGAUUAAGCUGGAUAAAAAGAAAAAUGAUGAAGAGACAGAAGAAUGGUGGGUGCAAUGUGAUAAAUGUGAAGCCUGGCAGCAUCAGAUAUGUGCGUUGUUUAAUGGAAGACGGAAUGAUAGUGGUCAAGCUGAAUACACAUGUCCUUAUUGCUAUAUGCAAGAGAUUGAAAGGGGAGAGUGUAAGCCAUUGCCGCAAAGUGCCGUUCUUGGGGCAAAAGAUUUGCCAAAAACGAUUCUCAAUGACCACAUUGAGCAACGGCUAUUCAAAAGAUUGAAACAAGAGAGACUAGAUAGGGCGAGAGUCCAGGGAAAAAGUUACGAUGAGGUUCCUGGAGCAGAUGGAAUUGUUGUUAGAGUUCUGUCAUCUGUUGACAAGAAGUUGGAAGUAAAGCCACGGUUUCUGGAGAUUUUCAUAUGUGAGCAGAUGGAAUUAUUCAUAUGGGAUCUGCAAUAUUCAGGAACAAAAAUACUAGAAAUAUAACUUUUUACCUAUGUAUAAUUUAUUAUGUAUUAAUUUAGCG